AUGAUUUCUUCCUCAGCCUUUCUUUGGCAUGGCCUGCUUCCUUCUAGAUCUGCGCUCGAGGGCAAAACCCCUGGCAUGGAUUUUGGCAUCCGAUCUUACUUUGAGAUGUUUCAGAAAAUGGAAGACACGUUCAAAUUUUGUGUCGAGUGCAAGAAACUUCCCGAUUCGUUACCUGACCCAAGAAGCCUACGGCGUUGCAAAAGGUGUCAGAAUGUCUAUUAUUGUGGUUCUGAAUGUCAACGGUUGAACUGGCCCAGCCACAAAAAAUUCUGCAAGAAACUGAAGCUGGCAGCUUUUGACCGACUCACGGAAUGGCUUGUGUUCACAGGUGACAUCCCUUUCCACACAGGCACAUGGACCAAAAAUAUCCAGGACCUCCAAGGCUGGGAAGACUGGUUCUUGAUGCAGGAACAUCUGGAUGAAAAGCUUAGCGCUAUCAAAGCCGGACAUUAUAUGAACAUUCUCUGGGCCAAUGCGGGCAAACCAAAGCCCAGUGAGGUGGAGCUGAUGGAGUCCAUCAAGAGAGUGACCACAGAUUUUGUCUCCAGGCCAGUCACCAUUGGCCUCGGGCUGAGCAUGUUCCACCUGGAUCCUUAUGCCAAGCCCCUCACGGUGCAUGUGGUUGGAGCUUCUCAUGCUGAGACCCUCAAUGCUCGGGUUACGGAUUACGAUGAGCUCUCCCAGAUGUUUCCAAAGCAUCAAGGCAUAGAGGUGGUCAUGGUGGGGGUGGACGUGGUCGAUGGACCCAUCAUGAGACCUCCGCUGGUGGCCUUUGGACCCCGGCAAAGGGUCUACCUCAGCAGCUACAAGGACCUUUAUCACAACUUCUGGGAAUCACAGGUGGAAACUCAGCAAGCGGCGCGACCAGAUCUGGUGGUCGCUUUUCAUGCAGGUAUGAAGGUUUAUGGCAUUCUUCUUGGAUUAUCUAGCCCCAUGAAAUUCAAUGCAAUGUAA